UUUACAGGACGCGGAAUGAACCUGAAGAAACGAGGGGCUCCCCGUUCCGAAGUGCGGCUGUGCCGGGAGUCCCACCUGUCAGACCGACUCGGAAGGGGUUCAGCAAUUGCCAAGAUUGUGGGCAGCAACGCAGCCAGACUGGAUAUGUUUGACACCACUGUGAAGAUGUGGGUGUUUGAAGAGGAGAUUGCUGGCCGGAAGCUCACCGAGAUCAUCAACACGCAGCAUGAGAACGUCAAGUAUUUGCCCGGCCAUAAACUUCCGCCCAACGUGGUGGCUGUGCCUGAUGUAUUAAAAGCUUCCACUGAUGCAGACAUCCUCAUUUUUGUGGUGCCCCAUCAAUUCAUCGGGAAGCUCUGUGAACAGAUGAAGGGACAUAUCAAGAAAGAAGCAAUAGGCAUCUCGCUCAUCAAGGGUGUGGACGAAGGUCCUGAUGGGCUGAAGCUGAUCUCAGACAUCAUCCGUGAGCAGCUAAGCAUUGAAAUGAGUGUGCUGAUGGGAGCCAAUAUAGCCAAUGAAGUGGCAGAUGAGAAGUUCUGUGAGACCACCAUUGGCUGCAAGAACGUACAGCAUGGACAGAUUCUGAAGGAACUGAUGCAAACGCCCAACUUCCGAAUCACGGUGGUACAGGAAGCAGACACAGUAGAGAUCUGUGGUGCCCUCAAGAAUGUGGUGGCUGUUGGAGCUGGGUUCUGUGAUGGGUUGGGCUUUGGAGACAACACCAAGGCGGCUGUCAUCCGUCUGGGCCUGAUGGAGAUGAUUGCCUUUGCCAAGCUCUUUUGCAAGGGCCCUGUCACUUCUUCCACCUUCCUGGAGAGCUGUGGGAUUGCUGAUCUAAUUACCACCUGCUAUGGAGGCCGUAACCGUAAAGUAGCCGAGGCGUUUGCCAAGACUGGCAAGUCUAUCGAGCAACUGGAAAAUGAGAUGCUCCAUGGACAGAAACUGCAGGGUCCUCAGACAUCAGCAGAGCUGCAUCACAUUCUGAAGCACAGGAAUCUGACGGACAAAUUCCCACUCUUCACUGCUGUCUAUGAGAUCUGCUACAAAAACAAGCCUGUUUCUGAGUUCAUUACAUGUCUUCAGGACCACCCUGAGCAUUUGUGACUGCCUUUAACUUCUCUCCAGCAAGGAGUAGAAAGAUCUCUCCCUACCAACUUCACGACUGCCACCCCAAGAAGGGAAAAGAACCAACACAGACCAUGGCAGUCCAAAGCAAAGCAUGGUUGCAAGGCAUCCAGUGCUCACCAGCCAUAGAACUCUGGAUCAAAGGAGGAGAUUUCUGUCCUUUACCAGGCCCGACUUCUGUAUCUGCUGAAUUGUCCAGGCUUACAAUCCUGCCUGUCCCAUUAGCUCUCACUUCUUGUUAGAGUAACCCCCCACCCUUCCUCUUGUAAUAUCUACAGCAGCCAAAGCUUUGGCUUUUGUCUUCUCUUAAAGAAACGUUUCCUUGCGCUGCCUCAUCUCUGUUCCAUUUCUCUGACCUGAGUCUAACAGGGUUCAAACUAGAUUCUUGAUAGUUUGCGCCUCAGAUCAGAAGUACUGUACCAGCCAUAUUUUAACACUAAUUUCAGGGUUCUUUUCUCAAGACCAGGCAAGAUCUCAGCAUUCUUGAUAUCCAUAGCUAUGGGAAAGAUUGUCGUGAAUGUGAAUCUUGUUAUUUUGGAGAAUAAAUCUUAAAAUGAGAAAUGUUUGAUUGAUGGCCUCUGGAUUAUAUACAGGCCAAGACUGAGGGAAUGAUACUGAAAUAUCCACAGCAUGGAUUUUGAAAGGACAAGAGGAAGAAUCAAUAUAGAAGGAACACUUCAGCAUUAGAAUUGUAGUUCAUCUUUAUACAGGUGCUCAAACUGUCUUUUAUACGAAAAAUGGGAAAGUGAAGGAAAGGCAUUUGGCAAGUUAAUGGGUGUCCUCUUCAGUGAGCAUGUGAAAAUAGCCCUAACAUGUAUUUCUGGAGGCUGAAAUCACAUAUACAUACAUACAUACCUUUGAGAAUGUCCUAUUAAAUACAGUAAGUCUUAAAAAUG